AUGGAGGAUGAGGACGGCUACAUGGUCUUAGACAAGCGGGGGGCCGUGGGGAGCCCGCGUCCCCUCCGGGAUGCAGGAUCCAGCCUGCAAGACCCCCAGGGGGGUUUUGCCCCACGGCAGGCGAGUGUCCUCGCAGGAGCCCCCCACCGCCCCUGCUGCAUCCUCGGGGUCCUGACGGCCACCCUGGCACUGUCCCUCGUGGUGUGCGUGGCUUUGCUGAUGGCGGAGAGAGGACAGUCCAAGGGGACACUGGGAUGCGGGAACGCGUCGCUGGCAUGCAGCUGUACCGGCGUGGGGGUGAGGAAGAGCCUGUGCCCCCUGCGAGAGGGCGAGGGGUGCAUGCUCUGCCCCACGAACUGGACGCUGCAUGGGACCAAGUGCUAUUGGGUGUCCGCUGGGAUUAACCCUUGGAGCGCCAGCCGGGAGGACUGUGUGAAGCGAGGUGCCGAGCUGCUGAUGCUGGGGGACCAGGAUGAGCUGGAUUUCCUAAAUAAAACCCUCCAGAAACCUGCCCGCUACUUCUGGAUCGGCCUCUACGCCGGGGACGGCUGGACCUGGCUGAACGGCUCCCGCCUGGACCCGAGCCGGUUCCAGCUGCGCCCCCCGGCUGAAGGCAGAUCCUGCGGGGUGAUCAAGGAGGGCAGGAUCAGCCCCGAGAGCUGCACCUCGGCGUUGCAGUGGAUCUGCCAGAAAGCAGCCACCCAGCUCUGAGCCGGGCUGCGGCCGGGAGAGACGCUGGGGGCCGGGGCGGGAUCAGGCCCUUUGCGGGGGGAUGCGGGAGCUGAGGUCGAGCAACGACCAUCUGUAAAGGAAUAACGACGUUAUCUGGGCUCCGUGUGGUGUUUUCAAGCCAGUUUGCGAACAGGGCGGGCUGGAAGGAGCGUCCUUCUGUCCCGCCUGUGUGCGCACGCUGUCCCUGUCCCUGCCUGCCUCCCCCUUCCACGGCUCCGGGGGGCUGAGGGCCCCCCAUCCCACCCCCUUUGGGGUUCCUGCCCCUGCCAGCGGCCCCCUCAACCUUCCUCCUCUGCCCUCCUCAUCCUCAGGUCGUGCUCUCGCCCCGCGCCCAGCACAACUUGCCCGGGAAGGGACCGAGGGGCAGCGGAGGAGACGGGUGCCGGUGGCACGGUGCCGGCAGCGGGGUUGCAAAGGCAGGGAGGAAGCGCAGCGGGUUAAAAAGGAGAGAAAAAGAGGUUUGGGGGGGAUUAAAAAGCGACGCCAGUAGCGCAAAUAAUUUUCCUCGCAGCUGGGACUGUGUGUACCCUGUCGGUGUGGGAAAGAUGUUGAUGGCACGCUGACGUUUUGGUGGUGUUUUUCCUGAGUCUGGGACUCUUCAGUUCUCCAUGUUCUAGGAAAGUUACUAAGAAAAGUAAAUUGAGG